AUGUUUCAAGGGUAUACUUUUCUAAUUAUCAAAUCUAAAGAGUUGAGUGACACAGAAGCUGCUCAGCUUGAGACAGUCUUGUGCAGACAUAACGCCACCAAAGUUUACUCCAAGGAUGAGUUCGAUAACUCCACCAAUUACUUUGAUCCACCAUCAAUCACCCACAUCGUCACCAAUUCCAUCGACUUUAUCGAGUAUUCACAAGCACAGAAAUCAAUGAUACCAAUUGUCACGCCAGAGUGGGUUCAUAAUUCGGUGAGCCAGAGCAUAAUGUUACCAAUAAAGUCAUACAAUCCAAACCCUGAUUAUUUUUUCAGAAAUUGCUUUGUUUGUUGUGCUGAUAAUUUGCCCCAGGGAGAUAAGGAGCUCAUAUAUGCUGCAGUACAAGCAUUUGGAGGUAACUACUUGGACGUAUUAUCCAAGUACACCACUCACUUGAUAGCAAUGGAUAUGACAAAUGAAAAGUCUAUCAUAGCAUCCAGUCUCAUUCAUGAUCCUAAUUGCAAAGAUCCAGUGAUGGAUAUUAAAAUUGUGUUGCCUCAUUGGAUAGACCAUUGCUUAGUAACGGGAAGAAAGCUUGACGAGAAAAAGUACACUCUCCCAGAUUCAGACUCCUUUGACAUGAAUGCCAGUGAUCAAGCAGGCGAGUUAUUGAAUGAGAUCAAAAAUGAUUUCCAUGUUCCGAUUUUGAAUGAUUCAGUGCCCUUAUCUUCCGACUCAUUCAAAGGAGUGGACUACUUUCACGGAAAACGCUUUUAUCUUUGCUCUGACUUUAAUUUAUCACAAAGACUGGCCAAUUCUAUCAAGGCUUUGAUUGAGAAACUUGGAGGUGUCAUUGUGUCCACAUACAGUGAGGAUAUCGACAUCUAUCUUGGAAAGUAUCGAAGCGGUGAAACUUACAAAAAGAGUCGUCAGAAUAAAAGAAUCAUUGUUGCAAACUUGCAAUGGUUAUAUUCGAUCAUUGUCACCAAAAAGUGGGUGUUGCCCCUGAACUCUAAUAUUUUAUACUAUCCACUCCCAUCCAAGCAUAUUGAAGAAUUUGAAAAUUUGAAGAUUUCCAUUUCAAAUUACAGUGGCGAUUCAAGAGCAUAUUUGUCUAGAUUGAUUACUUUGAUGGGUGCAACUUUCACCAAAACUUUGACUAGGGAAAAUGAUUUUCUAGUUUGUGCCAAACCUGAAGGGAAAAAGUACGAUGCUGCUAUGUCAAAAUGGAUUGGCAUAGAUGGAAAACCAGAGGUCCAAGUUGUUAACCACAUGUGGUUGGAAGAUUGUUUUAUUCAAUGGAUGAAACUAGGUCACUUCGAUGCUAAAUAUACAAAUUUUGGUAAUCUGGGUUUGGGGAUGGAGCCGCUUAUUGGUGGGGCUCAUUUGGAUGAUGAAAAGUUGGAUGAACCUACUGAGGAUAAUACAAAUGUCACUGGAAAUGUUGAUGACAGUAUGAGUGAGGAUGAAAGUACGCAAUCAAGAAAAAUAAUUCAGCCAACAACAUUAGCUAAAGCAAAGAGGGAAGUCACAUCUAGCGGCGACUUGAUGAAGUUUGCUGAAAACCCGACAGAAGAGAAUGAAGAUGCAAUCAGCAUCAAUUCUUUGUCUAGUAGUACUCCCAGUAAGUCCGACAUUAGUGCUGAAAUUGAUUCACCCAAGACACCAAAUAACUUUGUCGAGACCAAUGUCUCUCGCUAUGGGGGCAGAUCAGCUGCCAAGAAGGCAGCAGCGAAGUUGCACGAUAACAUGAGUGAUUUGAAUGCCUAUUUGAAGAUGUCGAAAAGUAGUAAAAAAAUGAAGAAUUACAUGAACGAGUUGGAAAAUACAGUGAAUCCAAAACGAAAGCAUUUACAAGAAACCAAUGACUCCAAAACUGAUACGGGUCUGGAAGGUUUAGAUGUGAAACGUCUUCGUACUGAUGAAUGCGGCAUCAUUGCUAUCAUGACAGGUUGUGAACAGGACAUUGAAUUAACAAAGAGCGAUUAUGCCAAGUUACAAUCGAUUGGAAUCAAAGUAAUCACCGAUUUGUCAAAGCACACCCCAAAUACUUUAAUCGCACCCAAAAUUCUACGAACUGAAAAAUUUUUGAGAAGCUUGAGUAAAGUUUGCCGAAUCGUUCAUCCUUCAUACAUUGUCAAUGUAUUGGCAAAUGCUGAAAAUAAUGGAGAUACUUUGAGCUUAUAUCGAAUUGAUGACUAUGCUUUGGAUAAGGUGAAUCCGUCAGCAAACACCGACUUGGGAGUCAAGAGCUUACAAACAUUGUUGCUGAAAAAGAGUGCCCGUGGGAACCUUUUAGAUGGCAUAAGCUUGAAUCUUAGUAAAAAUUUGAAUGGAGGAACUGAAGUUAUCUCGAGAAUUUUGCAAGAUCAUGGACUAAAAGAGUAUAAAGAAGUACCAGCUACACUUACGAAAAAAACGCCAAUUUGUAGCUGUAAGUACAAAAGCAAGGAAGUGUCUAUAUUGAUUGCUAACAAAACCAAGGACGUAAAGCUUGUCGCUAGCUUUAAAAAGAGCCACUCCAAUGGAGUCGUUUUGAGCUGGGAUUGGUGUGUAAGAUCGAUUUUUGCCAUGGAAUUACAAAAGUUUGACGAGUUUGAGUUAUAA